AAAUAGCCGCCUUUGAGUGAACACGUUUUUGUUUUUGCUCUGUGAUAAAAUUUCAAUUUUUUAUUCUUUUAAUGCGUUUGUAACAGUGAAAUUACAACAUCCUUUAUCAAAAAUUAAUCUUGAACCUUCAUUUUAGCGAAUGAAAACAUUCAUUCGGUCGUUAAUUCCAUUUCAAAUCGAACAAAAGUGUUUUUUCGUUUUCAUCAUCGUACAGGCACAUUCACACCACCAACACAUCAUCUUCUCUCUGUGAUUUUUCAACCCUCAGCACCCAUAUUACACCAAACUGUUUCCAAUCCUCUUCAGAAUAAUAUUAUCAUCGAAAACAUCAUUACCUACUCCAAUUAAAGUGUUUUCUCCUUAAUUAAUUUUUCAGCCUUCAAGGCUUUCCAAACUUGUUUAUUGAGCUGCAACACCUCAGUGCUGCCGCCAUGGCUAAACACAAGAAAAGACUUGCUCAGCCUGCUCAAGUCGCUGUUAACAGUGACUCAGAAUAUGAACAACCUAGUGUCAAUAGAAAUCCAAGAAAUGCAAAUGAAGCUGAUGAAACUCUGGAAAAUUUACACCAAGACUCUUCACCAAUUGCAACUUAUAAUAUUCAACAGUGCUGUGAUACACUAAAAUGUUUCAACAAAAUGCAUGACAAACGAUCAGUGACCAAAUACCUCGAUCUCCUUGAUACUAUAUCCAACACUCUGUUAACCAUAGCUCAUAACUACGAACAAAAUGACAGUAAAAUUCACAAUAUACUCGAAGAACUGAAACAAGAUAUCAAAAACAAACCAGCAUCGCCAACCUAUUCGCAAGUUCUCCAAAGAAAUCCGCAAACUACACAAAUCUCAAUCCCAAAAUAUGAUGAAAAAACGAUCAUUGUCAAACCCAACGAUAGCACUCCUCCGCAAAUCAUCGAAAAUAAAAUCAAGGAAAUCAUCAAAAAAUCUAAUACCAAAACAAAAAUAAAUUCGAUCUACAGUAAACAAACAUGUGUGAUCAUAAAAACACCGAAUAAUGAUAAAGACUGCGACCAACUAUUGAACCAAAUAAAUUCUGAUGAAGAAACUAAAAAUACAUGCAACGCAUAUGAACCGAAAAAGAGAGAUCCAACAAUACUCAUCAAAAACGUAGCAUCGGAUACAGAUCUCCUUAAGUUAGCAGAACAGAUAGCUGAAUGUAAUCCAGAAUUAGAAGGCCUAGAAGAUGAUAUGGAAUAUUUGUUCAAACUCAAAUACAGUGAUACUGCCAAACACAUGAACGUUGUACUUAAAACAAGCCCAAAAGUAUAUCAUAUCAUCACAACACAAAUGAACAACAGAAUUUACCUAGACUUUCAAUGUUGCAAUAUACAAACAAAAAUUUUUAUUAGACAGUGCCAAAAAUGCUUCAGUUUCAACCAUAAGAAAGGAGAUUGUAAAAAUCGACCCAUAUGUAAAACAUGCGGAGAACAUAAAGAAGAUAAUCAUUCAUGCUCAGGAAACACGUGUUGUAUCAAUUGUAAAAAUUCUACAAAAUAUAAAAACGACACAUCUCAUUCACCAAACACCGAACAUUGUCCAAUAUACAAAACCCAAGUGGAAAGAUCAAAAGAACAAACACAAUAUAGACCAUAACUGAAUGUAUAUCCGUAUUAUCCUCAUCCUUCAUUGUU